UCAUUGCUCAGAGAGUCAAAAUUCUUCAUCUCCAUCCCUAUAUACUCAGAAAAUCGAAUCUACGCUUCUCAAUUCACUGCAAUUCUUACAGAAGAAUCAAAUUGAAGUUGUAGAAAACCAUGGAUUUCGCAAAUAUGGAUCGGCGGCAGCUGACGUUAGCCGGUGCCGGAUUCUCGGUGAUGCUGACUCUGCACUACAGUUUCCAGCUGGUUUCGCAGCACCUCUUCUACUGGAAGAAUCCCAAGGAGCAGCGAUCCAUACUCAUCAUCCUCCUCCUCCCGCCGGUUUACGCUGUUACCUCAUUUUUCGGAUUCAUCGAUCGCCGCGGCAGCAAGCAGUUUUUCAUGCUCCUGGACUCUGUUAAAGACUGCUACGGUGCUUUGGCAAUUGCGACGUUUUUGAGUUUGAUCUAUAGCUAUUCGAAUCUCUCGUUGAGCGGAGAUGCUGUGCCUGAUGAGAUGAAGGGGAGGGAGAUUCGCCUUCCGUUUCCGAUGAAUCUUCUCCCGCCUGGAACGACUCGUUUGAAUCAGGAGACGUUGAGGCGUCUGAAGAGCUGGAUAUGGCAAUUUGUGAUCAUCCGUCCGGUUUGUUCUGUUCUGAUGAUGGCAUUGCAGUUCAUUGGGGUGUAUCCCAGUUGGCUCGGUUGGGGAUUCACCGUUGUUCUGAAUAUAUCGAUUCUUUUUGCCAUGUAUUCGUUGCUCGUCUUCUAUUACGCCUUUGCCAAAGAAUUGGAACCACACGAGCCACUCUCGAAGUUCAUCUGCAUCAAGGGGGUUGUUUUCUUCGGUUUUUGGCAGGGAGUGUUACUACACAUCUUGGUCGCGAUGGGCGUUCUCCAAUCUCAUCAUUUCUGGUUAGAGACAGAGAAUGUUGGCGAAGCAUAUCAGAAGGUUUUAGUAUGUGUCGAGAUGAUGUUCAUUGCAGUACUCCAUCAAUAUGCCUACCAUGCUGCACCUUACAGUGGAGAUGUAGAAGCAAAACUGAAGUUGCAGAAAAAGCAUGAAUGAUUGUGGAUAGAAGCUGCAAUGGAGUACAAUUUUUUAUGACAUGAUCCUUCUUGCAGUUUUUGGAGGUUCUGAAACUGAUGUAUGUCUCUUUUGUACAGUUUGAGCUUUGUUUUGUUGAAAUCAAUAUGGCGUAUGUUUCUGGUCUCAA